GCUCAUGAUUAACAAUAUGGAUAACAGAGAAGACAAAUCAGAAAUUUCCCAAUUAUCCAUUGAAGAAGUUGAUGAAUGCAAAGCAACAAAGUCAGAAGAAAUUAAUAAUGAUCAAGUGAUCAUUGACGUUCCACCAAAGAUUGUAACAAUUGAAGGUGAUACAAAUACAUAUGCAGAGCAAGUUAAAGACAAAGAAGAAAUUAAUAACGAUCAAGUGAUCAUGGACGAUCCACCAAAGAUUGUAACAAUUGAAAGUGAGGCAAAUACAGACACAGAGCAAAUUAAGGACGAAGAAGAAAAUAAUAGCAUUCCAGCUGAGGGCAACAAAAAUGAACAAGUUGAGAAAGAAGAAAAAGAUACAAUGGGAAGUCCAGAAUUAGUAAAUAUAAAUCAAAUUGAAAAAGAGUCGAAAAUCCGGCCAAUAGCAUUUCUAUUGGGGCUUCCAUUUGCCCUAAUCUCUCUAGUCAUCGCUUUUAUUGGAGGCAUUAUCUGGAUUAUCGGGUUGAUUUUGACUUGCAUAUGCCCCUGUUGCUUCUGUGUGACUGUGUUGGUAGAAAUGGCACUUGGUCUUGUGAAUGCUCCUUUUCAAUUUCUCCACUACAUCACUGAUAAAAUACCUUUCUGA